AGUUGGUGGACAAAGCCACCACUGUGGUUAUGAAUUAUUCAGAGAUCGAGUCCAAAGUUCGAGAAGCAACGAAUGAUGAUCCUUGGGGACUUUCUGGGCAGCUCAUGGGGAUUGCCAAGGCUACUUUUGUGUAUGAACAGUUCCCAGAACUUAUGAACAUGCUUUGGUCCCGAAUGCUAAAAGACAACAAAAAGAAUUGGAGAAGAGUUUAUAAGUCGUUGCUGCUCCUAGCUUACCUCAUAAGAAAUGGAUUGGAGCGAGUUGUUACAAGCACCAGAGAAUACAUUUAUGAUUCGCGAUCCCUGGAAAAUUACCACUUUGUAGAUGAGCAUGGCAAGGACCAAGGUAUAAACAUCCGACAGAAAGUGAAGGAGCUGCUUGAGUUUGCACAGGAUGAUGACAGACUUCGAGAGGAGAGGAAGAAAGCAAAGAAGAACAAAGACAAGUAUGUCGGGGUCUCCUCAGACAGCGUUGGCGGAUUCCGAUACAAUGAACUGUAUGACCCUGAGCCCAAGUCCAAAUGGGACGAAGAGUGGCAUAAGAACAAGAGUGCGUUUCCAUUCAGUGACAAGCUAGGGGAGCUGAGCGACAAGAUCAGGAGCACAAUCGAUGACACCAUUAGCAAGUUCCGGAGGAAAGACCGGGAGGACUCUCCGGAAAGGUGCAGUGACAGCGAUGAGGAAAAGAAAGCAAGGAGAGGCAGGUCUCCCAAAGGUGAAUUCAAAGAUGAAGAGGAGACGGUGACGACGAAGUACAUCCACAUCACACAGGCCACAGAGACCACCACCACCCGGCACAAGCGCACAACAAACCCUUCCAAAACCAUCGAUCUCGGAGCAGCAGCACAUUACACAGGGGACAAAGCCAGCCCGGAUCAGAACGCUUCAACCCACAUGCCUCAGUCGUCAACGAAGCCAUCCGUGCCGAGCAGCAAGUCAUCAGGAGACCUCGUUGACCUGUUUGAUGGCAGUGGCCAGACAACAGGAGGAGCAGCUGACUUAUUCGGGGGGUUUGCCGACUUCGGCUCUGCUAAUGCAUCGGGCAGUUUCCCUUCCCAAGCAACAAGUGGGAAUGGAGACUUUGGUGACUGGAAUGCCUUCAACCAAGCCCCAUCAGGCCCUGUUGCUUCUGGUGGUGAGCUCUUCGGCAGUGCCCCACAGCCUGCUGUAGAACUCAUCAGUGGUUCACAGCCAGCUUUAGGCCCACCUCCUGCUGCCUCAAACUCUUCAGAUCUCUUUGAUCUUAUGGGCUCAUCCCAGGCAACCAUGACGUCUUCCCAGAGUAUGAAUUUCUCUCUAAUGAGCACUAACACUGUGGGACUUGGUUUGCCCAUGUCAAGAUCACAGCCUCUGCAGAAUGUUAGUGCAGUGAUGCAGAAGCCUAACCCUCUCUAUAAUCAGAAUGCAGAUAUGGUCCAGAAGUCGGCCAGCAAAACCCUGCCCUCUACUUGGUCUGACCUCAGUGUCAACAUCAGCCUAGACAACUUACUACCUGGUAUGCAGCCUUCUAAGCCCCAGCAGCCAUCGCUUAACACAAUGAUUCAACAAGAGAAUAUGCAACAGCCUCUGAAUGUGAUGACUCAAAGCUUCGGAGCCGUGAACCUCAGUUCUCCAUCAAACAUGCUUCCUGUCCGGCCACAAACUAACCCUCUGAUGGGGGGACCCAUGCCUAUGAACAUGACCGGUGUAAUGACAGGCACCAUGGGAAUGGCCCCUCUGGGGAACACUGCAGGGAUGAGCCAUGGCAUGGUCGGCAUGAACAUGAACAUGGGGAUGUUGGCCUCGGGGAUGGGCUUGACAGGCACCAUGGGAAUGGGGAUGCCCAGCAUGGCCAUGCCGUCUGGAACUGUGCAGCCCAAGCAAGAUGCCUUUGCAAACUUUGCCAACUUUAGUAAAUAAAAGGUUGUAACGGA